CUUAAUUUAUGCCAAAGAUGAUGAUACUACAAACAAGUCUUCAAGCUGCCAUGAAUGCAAGAAUAAUUGGGUCUGGCAGUGAGACCAUGGUUCUUGCACAUGGGUUUGGAGGAGACCAAUCUGUCUGGGACAAAAUCCUUCCUUACUUAACACAGCAUUACCAGGUUGUCGUUUUUGACUGGACUUUUUCAGGAGCUGUAAAAGAUCCUAACCUCUUUGAUCCUUUGAAAUACUCUUCCUAUGAUGCCUUUGCUAGUGACCUAAUAGCUCUUAUGGACGAGCUUGACUUGAAAUCCUCAGUCUUUGUCGGCCACUCCAUGUCUGGUGUGAUCGGAUGCAUUGCUUCCAUUAAAAGACCUGAACUUUUUAACAGGCUCAUACUUGUUGGAGCUUCUCCUAGGUACAUUAAUAUAGAUGAUUACGAAGGUGGAUUUGAGGAAGAAGCAAUUGACAACAUUCUUUCCAACAUAGAAUCCGACUAUGAGAAUUGGACUUCAAGUUUUGCUAGGCUUGUUGUGGACAAUAAGGAUCCCCAGUCUGUUGAAAACUUUGCAAAAUGCUUGAAGAGGAUGAACCAUGAAUUUGCAGUCCCCUUGUCAAAAACAGUGUUUCGCAGCGACGAAAGGGAUAUUCUUGAGAAGGUUACCACCCCAUGCACCAUUGUCCAGACCACCAAUGACAUUGUCGUGCCAGAUUCAGUUGCCUACUACAUGCAGAAGAAGAUCAAAGGGAAAUCAACUGUGGAGAUUGUCAAAACUGAUGGGCAUUUCCCACAGUUGACUGCGCACCUUGAGUUCCUUGAUGUGCUGGGUGGGGUUUUAGGCUUUGAGAUUUGAUCAGACAAGAAGAUAAGGUCAGAAAUAAAUAUGGCCCUUGCGAUAUACUGUUGUGUGUUGAUGACUUUAUUAUGUGGCUAAAGGAGAGAUCGUUGGCUUGUGUAGAAUAUAUUUAGCUAGUCUUUUCAUCAGCGAUGUUCGUUUUGCUUUUAUUAUAGUUAUUUAAUUAUUGUACCUUUUGGCUUCAUUUUUUUUAGGAAUAUACUUAGGAAACAAGUGAAUGUUGUCUUGAAUUGCAUGUGGUUGAUUUUUAUUAAUUUGCAGAAAAAAAAUUCCAUAUUACAUAU